AGUUCUGUAGCCCACUCGAGAGUGUAAAAUUUGUUUACUGGCAUUUAAAUAUCAGCGAAUUUGGGCCAUAACGCCAGACUCAUCAAUUAGCACUGAUGCCCAAAGCGACUAGAUGAGUGCCUGGAUGAACGGGCGACCGAAAUUUUGCACUAGCCACACAAAUAACACGGAAAACUAUGAGUUUGCACUACGCGGAAUCGGAAUCUUCGCAGUCAGAGAGCAAAAUGGACAUCUCGGAGACGCCGACGGACUCCACGGGCGUCUCGCCGCUGGCGGAUGAUGCUGUGACCCCCGCUCCCGAAAAGAACAUCCUGGAAAUGGAGCAGGCAAAGGACCAUGACAAGGAAGAGAUAGAGUUUAAGACGAGCUCCGCGCUGGACAACAGAAUACUGCGUCCGGAGCUGCUGCCCAUGGAAACCACCCCCCAGCGACACACCAUCGAGCGCACCCUAGCCAACAGUCAUCCGCUGAUGUCACCGACCAACACGGACUCGGAUUCCGAGCCCUUUCAGCUAAAGAAACAGGAGACACAACCGCCGCGGAACAAUUUUCCGGACGUGGUGCCCACCACAGAGACGGUGCAGGCGAAGAACUCGCUGAAUCAGUCGCGGAGCAAGCCUCAGGAUGCCAAGGUCAGUUUGCUACGGGCCAACAGUCCGGACAUUCUGAGCAGCGAGUCGGAUGCGGAUGUCUCCCAGUACUUGGCCGCCGUCGAGUCUAACUUUCAGUCUGUCUCCCUGAUGCCCAAUGGAAACGGAAAGAAAUCCAAGCGAACGACCACUCUCCCUGGAGGCGAGGACAUAUCCAGUCUGGAUUCCAUCUCGAAUCACAGCUUCGAUGACGACGAGGACAUCGAGCACAACCUGGCAUCCUUGAGCCCCUCCAGCUCCCUAAUCGAUGGUUUGGAUGGGGAGGACGACGACGACGAUUGCGAGGGUCCGGAGCUGCUGCCUGAUAACGAUGACGACCUCGAACUAGACAUGGAGUUCGGUCUGGCCACUACGCCGACGCCAAAUGCCCAGGCUUCGGCCAAUGGUGCCUCCACAUUACCGCAAUACACAGCUGCUGAGGAGAGACGCGAUUCGCGAAACUGGCAGAAGAUCACUCUACCGGAUGGACGCACCCGGGAGAUCGAUAUGCGGGUCAUCGAGCCGUACAAGCGUGUUCUAUCCCACGGUGGAUAUCUCAAAUCUGGCGGCCAGAACGCCAUCGUCAUCUUUUGCGCCUGCCACCUGCCGGAUAGGUCGAGGGCCGACUACAGCUAUGUGAUGGACAACCUGUUUCUCUACGUGGUCAAGACCCUCGAGCAGCUGGUCACGGAUGACUAUGUGCUGAUCUAUCUUCAUGGCGGCUCCAACAGGCGGAAUGUGCCGCCGUUUCCCUGGCUCAAAAGGUGCUACCAACUGCUGGACCGUCGGUUGCGCAAGAGCCUGAAGCACAUGUAUCUGGUGCAUCCCACGUUUUGGAUAAAGUCUCUGGUUUGGAUGGCGCGGCCUUUUGUGAGCACAAAGUUCUGGCGCAAACUGGUCUACGUGAAGUCCCUGGAGGAGCUCGGCCUGCACGUGGUCGUGGAGAAGGCUGCCAUCCCGGAGAAGGUUAAGCAAUACGACGCCAAGCGGCACUGAGGACCUGCGAUGCCCCAGACUUGUCUCACUCAAAACGCUAAUGCAAACGCAACGCAUCCAUGCCACACUCGCUACUCAAGCCUCUGCAUUCCCCCAUCUUCAAUACGGACUAAGGCUAAUCCUCCAACCGAUUGUUUGCGCUCUCUUGCUAUGCUUUAAUUUAAGAUCUCAAUCUUUGUGAUACUUUAUGUUUGCCUUCUCUCAGUCGAGUCCCCCAAGUCGAGUCCCCUCCUAUGCAUUUCCCCGGUUGAAGCGUGGAAGGCGUUCAGCAAAACAUCGAACAAGUUUUUGUAGUUCUUUAUUGGCAGUCGUAGAAUUCGUAUUAGUAGACACAGAGUCACAUCUGCUAGGAUCCUAUAUAUAGACACUUACAUAAUAAUACCAUGUAGUUAUCGUGUAGCUUCCGCUUCAUAAAUUUUGUAAUGGAACAGACAUAUGCAACCAGAAACCACCAAACUUCCGAACAUGUUACCUUUAUUUGUAGUGGCAAAAAGAGUAAACACGAAGUUGGAACAGAGUGUAGUCCACUACACUGAACCUAAGCAUAAGUAAUUGAAAAUCUUUAGCUGAAUUUUGCAUCCGAUACCGCAUAUAUUGUACAUUUAAAGCGUUCCGAGCACGACACUUUCGCUGACACUGAGGACCCCAUGCCAGUCGACAGUAGAGGUGCCCCAUUAUCUCAUCCACCAUCAGAGUUAGCCGAUUAGCCAGUAAGUGAAAUAGCGACCAUUCUUUGUGGAAUCUACACACGGACACACGUAGAAUCUCUCUAGCGGAUAAAAGACGUACAAUUAGGCAAUGUAACCGAUUAAUAUUAAGAGCGACAUUUUGUUGGUUUCCUUUUACCGCUUUAAACAAACAAUAAUAAUAAAGUGCAAGAUGAUUUUUUAUUUAUUCUGCAAUAAACCCUGUUAAUGAUGA